ACUGAGAGACACAAUAUGCGAUUAUUGGAAAAAAUGUUGAUAAAGUUCCACAUUAAUUGAGACAAUAACUGCUUUAAGUUUAAACUCAAAUAUUUCCAGACUGAAAGUGUAAACGGAACAUUACUUUGUUUCAGAUCUACAAAAAAAAAAAAAAAAAAAAAAAAAAACGUUUCUAUGAAAUUAAAAACAUUUCGAAAUGGAAAGUAACACAUUUGCUCUAACAGUUUUAGGGAAAGCCCACUUAUAUUAGUCCAGAAACUGCUCUGUACUCUAGAAAUCAGUCAGCUAAGAUAAAUGAAAAUGCAAACCAGCAGAAGCUGGAAGAAUAUGAAAAAACGAAUGAACCCCAAGCAACAGGUAACCACAAAACAAUGUGUACAACAUAAACAAGUUUUGGGUACAAGUCUCAUUCCUGCCCUGUAGUAUUAUAGUAAAUUAUUUCUGAAAUUCACUGAAAGGUCAAAACAAGUUAUAUAGGUUUAUAUAGGUUUAACUGACUUUCACAAAAGUCUCAGCCUUUACCGGAACCUUUCAGACAGAGAAAGAGUAGGUAAGCAUUAGAAGAAAAAAAAAAAAAAUCCUUGAUGAGGCUUUACUUCAACUUUGAUUUUAUCUGUUCAAUCAGGUUUCACUGGAAGUGGGGUUUUAAAAUGGAAAAAACAUGACUGCCUUCGCAGAAUGCAAAUUAUGGCAAGCCCAGAAAACGUUAUUAAGUCUGUAGUUUCGCUUAUCUCAAACAGGAAGCUGUGACAUUGUGACUGAGCUCUGAGGCAGACUGCACCAUCGUUGGAAGACUAUCAUCAUCUGUUGUUCACCACGUGUCUGGAAAAAGCGGUUCUAACUCAUUGCGGUUCCCUAUAAUGCUACGGCAUGCAGCUCUUUGGGGAAAAAACCCUAGCCCUAACCUAACAUCUUCCUGUAGACAUACAUGUGUGAAAUAGGUUUCAUUUCUCCUCCCCUUCCUCUCUCUCUCUCAAUUCAUCUCAUCUCCAUCCACUCCGCACGAAGUGCAUCGGCCGAAACUGCUCUCACAGGGUCACUUUUGAUCUUCUCCAGCCAGGAAGCAUUAUUAAAGUGCAUGACACCCUCUUCACAUCUGAGGAACUCAGCUGUGCCACUUUUCUCCGAGGUCACGCGGGACUGGAGCUGGACUUGAGGCGGUUCUGGGACUGAAGUUGUUAAGAGACAUUGCUGGGACAGUGGACACGCUUCUCUGGUUGGAGCUGUUGGAGAACAAUUUAUAAUUCAUCGUGUUGAUUGAUUCGCAGGUUAUGAUGAACGCAACAAACAACACAAGCAACUCAUCAUGUGUGAUCAUGACCCAGCCAGCAAGUCAUCUGCUGAUGUCUAUCUACAUCAUUGCCUUCAUUUUGGGGCUGCUGGUCAAUCUGAUCACCAUUGGGCCCAUAAUUCAGCAGAUCUGCAGAAGGAACGUUCUAGGAAUUUACCUGCUCAGUUUGUCCUUUUCAGAUCUCCUGUACAUCCUCACCAUGCCUCUGUGGGUCUAUUAUUUCAACAACAACCACAAAUGGAACCUCAGCCAAGGACUCUGUAGUCUGGCUGGCUUCUUUUACUACUCCAACCUGUACAUCAGCAUCUAUCUCCUCUGCUGUAUCUCCAUCGAUCGCUGCCUGGCCAUCACCUUCCCGCUGAGAAUCCAAGUCUUCCGCCGCCAGCGCUAUGCCUGGGUUAUCUGUGGGCUGGUGUUUGUUCUCGUCAUGGCCUUGCACUGUUUGGUGCUUUACAUGGACAAGUUAUCGGAUCCACUGGAUGACACUGUGCAAACAUGCUAUGAGACCUUCCCCAUGACGGAAAGCAUUGCGAUGUUCAACCUGAUACGGGUCGGAGUCGGUUUCCUCUUGCCUCUGGUGGUCAUCUCCGUCUGCUACUGGUUGAUCCCAACCAAGGUGCAGCAAAGUAGAGGGGUGGAUGAUCAAGGCAAGCGCAAAGUGAAGCUUUUGUCAAUGGGGGUCAUUGGCAUUUUCGCCUUCUGCUUUGCGCCAUACCAUAUCCUCCUGAUGGUGAGGUCCAUCGCCUUCUUUUAUUUGGGAGAAAAACAAAGCUGCAGUUUUGAACAAGCAAUACAUUUGCCCUUCACUUGCUCCCUGGCGCUAUCCAGCCUGAACAGCGUUGUGGACCCAGUGCUCUAUGUUUUGGCCAGUAACGGAGUAAGGGAAGAUAUGAGGUGGUUCUGUUGGAAAAACAAGCAGAGGCAGGUGACAGGAAGCCCUCUUGUUGAUUCCAAAUGGAAGACAAGAAUAACCAACUAGGGUUAAAACCGACCUCAGAUCUUUGAAAACAGAUUUACAUUUGUUAGCGUACACACUGUUUUUGAACCUAUUAAGGAAUUUCACAAAUCAGUGACCGGAACAAACCCACUUAAAUUGUUUGCGUUGACAGCAUGGACACAGUCUUGUGGAUGAGCUCACGUUGUGAACUUGUGGAGGGUCUGGCAGGUUUUACAAUCUGGCGUGCUCCAGCAGUAUAACCCAGACACCUGAACUAACCUUUUGACAAAAAACUGCUACCAUGACUGCAAACCACUUGCUUCUCUCAGUUGGUAAUAGGCAAAUUGCGCCAAGUUUUGUGAGUAAAAAGUAUCUACUGUAUAAUAAGCUUAAUUUACAGAAAAAGACAAUGUCUUGUACUGACAAUACUGAUGCUGCAGCACUUUUUAGUGCAUAUAGAGCCUAGUUAAACUGGAUUGUGGCUGUUUUUGUGCAUGAAUACUGUGUAUUUCAAAAGCGAUUAUUUAGUGAAUUAGCCAAUGCAUGUCAGUGUCUAGUAAAGCCCAAUUAAGUUGUCCAAGUCAUGACAAAGACCAGAAGAGGGAAAAAUCCAAGUCGAGGACAAGUUAACACGCUCCUGAGCUUAUGACCAAGACCAUAAAUAUAGUCAGAGUCUAAGACCAUAUUUUUAUGGUUUUGUCCUUGUUCCUUGAAUCCGAGUCCAAUGCUAUGUUUUUAUGGCUUCGGUCUUCGAUUCAGUCCUCUUGUGGUCUUUCUCCUGAUUCAAAACCACCCUCUCUUGAUUUCAGCCUUGAAUCUCAAAUUUGGUCUUGCCUAUGUGCAGGCUUCAGACUGCUUUAAGUCCACUUGUGUGAAAAAAGAUGAAUUUUUAUGAACAUUGAAAAGAUGUUUACAAAUUAUGGAUCCGCAGUGUAACAGGACCCUUAAAUCACUUUAACUUUCUAUGUAAGAGCCAUACUCAGCCCAAGAGUUGCUAUUGUGGAAUAAAGCCUCACUUGUUUGUCCCUGUUUAAUUCA